CCGUAACAACGCUGUCAAAAUGGCGUUGAUCGAAAGGAAAGAGUAGCCUAUGAGGAAAGGCUAUUCAUAUGGGUUUUAUUUUAAUCUUGUCAGACCGUAAUGUCGUUAAAGUGACAUGCACAUAUUUUUUUAACAGGAAGAUAUGCUUCUUUUUUUCAGAGUUUGGGGUGGACUGCGGCUUUCCGUUUGAGUCCCACUGUUAAAGGGUACAGUGCGGCUGUACAAGUGUUGGGGAAUUGUUUAGCUCGUUGGCAGUGUACGGUCUUUUCAAAAUGGAUUUGAAUUAUAGGCUAGUCUUGUGGCUUUUUCUAGUUGCUUAUGUGGUGCAGUGCGGCCAGGGUGAGAAGCCCCCCGGUACUCAGCCCGAAGACGUGGAGGAAGAGGCCGGUUCUUCAGAGUUCUGUCGUAUUGAUGCACCUCUUUGCCAUGAUGAGGAUGAGCUACUGAGUUUUGAGGCUGUUCGUAGUAUCCAUAAACAGAUGGAUGAUGAUGCAAAUGGGAAUGUUGAUGUAGAAGAAAGCGACGAGUUUUUGAGGGAAGACCUAAAUUAUCAUGACCCAACUGCGAAACACACUACAUUCCAUGGAGGUGACAAGCUAAUCAGUGUGGAGGACCUGUGGAAGUCCUGGAAAGUUUCAGAAGUCUAUAACUGGACAGUGGAAGAAGUGGUCCAGUGGCUUACUAACUAUGUGGAGUUACCACAGUAUGAAGAGGCCUUCAGAAAACUACAGCUUAGUGGACAUGCCAUGCCCAGAUUGGCAGUGAACAAUGCCACAUUAACUGGAACAGUGUUAAAAAUUACCGAUCGCAGUCAACGGCAGAAGUUACAGCUGAAAGCUCUUGAUACUGUACUUUUUGGACCCCCACUAUUGACACGCCACAACCACCUGAAGGAUUUCAUGCUGGUAGUGUCCAUUGUGAUUGGCGUGGGUGGCUGCUGGUUUGCCUAUAUCCAAAAUCGAUAUUCUAAGGAACACAUGAAGAAGAUGAUGGCAGAUCUAGAGGGACUUCAGAGAGCUGAGCAGAGCCUCCAUGACUUACAAGAGAGGUUGCAGAAAGCCCAGGAAGAACAUCGCACAGUGGAGGUAGAGAAGGUGACACUGGAACAGAAGUUGCGAGAUGAAAUUAACACGGCUAAACAGGAAGCACAGAGACUCCGAGAACUGAGAGAAGGAACUGAGAAUGAAUUAAGUAGACAGAAGUAUGCAGAGGCAGAGCUUGAACAAGUCCGAAUGGCGCUGAGGAAAGCAGAAAAGGAGCUAGAGUCGCACAGCAACUGGUCAGCACCAGACGCACUACAGAAAUGGUUGCAGCUGACUCAUGAGGUAGAAGUACAGUAUUAUAAUGUCAAGAAACAGAAUGCAGAAAAACAACUUAUUAUUGCCAAGGAAGGGGCUGAAAAAAUCAAGAAAAAGAGAAGCACGUUGUUCGGAACUUUCCAUGUUGCUCACAGCUCAUCACUGGAUGAUGUUGAUUCCAAAAUACUAACAGCAAAGCAGGCCUUGAGUGAGGUGACAGCUGCAUUACGAGAGCGCCUGCAUCGCUGGCAGCAGAUAGAAAUGCUGUGUGGAUUUCACAUCGUUAACAACCCUGGGAUUCAUAACUUGGUAACAACACUCAAUAUAGACUCUAGUUGGCUGGGAACAUCACGUUCUUGUCCAGCACACUUUAUCGUGUCAGAGGAUAUGGAUGAUUUGGAUGAAGACAUGAUGUCACCAGCCGCACUACAAUAUGCAGCCUGGUUGAUGGGAAACAAGUCCAGUGAUCGUCCACCUCUCAGCUUGGAGGAUAAUACCCUGUGGACACAACCUGCUCCCACUUUGCCAGGCUCAGUUCGCCAGCGCCACGUGGACCUCCAGCACGUCAGCUCACAGAGGUUGGUAGAGGGUUAUAUUGCAGGACAGAAUGAACCUGCCCAUUAUCUGAGCAGCAGGAUGUCCAUGAGGCAAAUGAGAAGUCUCUCUGUUGGGCAGUCCUUUUGUCAGGAUGUUCUUGGAUCCACCCCUCUCUGUUCAUCUUCCCCUCCUUCUGCUUCUCAUACGAUCUAUUACCAUCAUUCUGCUUUCUUCUCUCAGCUACAACCUAUUCCUGACUUACCUCCUCCAGAUGUUACUUCCGGAACUCACUCUGAUUCAGAAGAUUAUGGGGACCUGAACCAUUCUGAUUCAGAUUCUUCCAUCUCCCAGCUGAGUGAAUUAUCACGUGGCCCAAGCUCUUUGGGCUCCAUGCCCAAACUUCUGCUCGCAAAGCCUUCUUUAUUACAUUUGACUGCCGAAGAAUCAAUCAUAAAACAAGCAGCAUACUCACCCACACCUAAUGGAGGCAGCAAGCUCACUGAAGCUGUUGCUCAGGAUUCUAGGUCAGAGUGUACCCAAGACAGUCCACUACUUAUGAAGAAAAUCCCUAAUCGUGGCAUGGAGAAGUCAGCCAGCCUUGGGGAAAUAAAUAGUGCUGUAACAGUAUUAACUCAGUCUGAAUCUUCAAGAUCCUUAAGCCCAACAAUCUGUGAACCUGAUACCCCAUCUCCAACAUCUGAUUUAAAAGGUAGCAGCUCAAAGAUUAGCCGUAUUCCACAUUUGCCUCAAAAAAAGUAUGCUGCAGAAGAUGACAACAGUUCUAUUGGGGAUGAUAUGGACUCUGCCCUUGGCAAGAAAAAACACCCCUUUAAAAUCUUCAAGAAACAGAAGAAGUAAAUCAGCUGUUCAGCAGUUUUGGCUAGGUGUAAAUUAACAAGUUUUUUUUCAGGGAGGGAAGGGUUUGGGGAAUCUUGCAAUAGCUUUAAGAAGAAAAGUAAAACUUUAUUUGCAAAUCUGUUUGGAAGAUGGAACUAAUCAUUUAUGGCGGGUACAGACAAGUUGUUUCUGAUGAACAUCUCUGGAUUUUUACCCAUGUGGUUAAUCCAUUUAUGUCCAAGAAGAAAGAGCUGUUUAUCCUUAUUUAUUUACAGACAGCUGACUAUCUUCCUGCAUCUUCAGUGGGACUUUCCACUCCACUCAGCAUGCCUUAGAUUUAUUCUUCUGUACCAAUACAAGUGGAAAAAAUGAAGAUGUAUUUGCUCCUUUUUAUCAUUGAUGCAUCUAUGUAAGCAAGAAUAAAAAAGCAAGUAAAACAAAGAAAAACAUCUCUAUAUAUUUAGAUUGCUUCCAAGAAGCCAGAGCUCACUGUAACUUCAGGGCAGCAUCAUUAGGAUGAAUGGAAGAGAAAAAUGGCUUUCGUUAACCUUCUGUUUUUGUUGCAGUGAGCUGUACAUGGAAUAAAGAUGUCAGUCAUAACAGCAUUUAUUUUUAAACUCUUAACUGUACCUGACCUGAAUGCCAGGUAUAAUGAUGGUGGGAUGGAACAUUAUUUUGGUCUGGAUUUAAACAAAAUAUUCACAAACUGAGGUUAUCACAUUUUCUGUUUAGGCUAGCACCUGUUGUUAAUUUACAUCAUGUUUUGGUUCAGUUUACUAUUUUCAAGCUUAUGUGUUGUCCCAGUUUGCGGUGUAUUUUGCAUCAUGACUCAGUCCUGGCAUUAUUUUUAUGACAGUUGACCUUCAGCUGAUUAUGUUUUACUCCUUUAAGCUUAGACCCAAAGCUUCAUCUGCAGAAAUAAUUUGGCAUUUUAGGAAAAAAAUGUAGGGAAGUAUUUCUAAACCAAGUCAUUAUAAAUUUAUUGUUUCAUGUCUAAAGAUUUUUUCAUCAUUAAUGUCAAGUUUAACCAGUUGUCAUUUUCUAGUUGUCACCUUUGAGUGUGUUUCUGGAGAAGAGGAGUAUUUAAGUGGCAACAUUUUGUUUGAAACAACAAGCAGCUUUUUAAACCACUUUGCUUACAGGACACUGUGUUCUGCAAAAUUAAGGUGUGUAGGUAUUCCUGAUUUGUAAUUGUUUACUUUAUGCAGUCCAGUAUAAACCAGAAAGCUUUCGAGCAAGAUGGUUGAACUCAGAAUUGGCACAUCUGUCCAGCAUUCUCCAAAACCAUUAAAUAAUGCAUGCACAUAAUAAGCCAAUGCAGGCGUUAUUAACGCAACAGUUGAUCAUUGACCACUAGAUCAGUUGUUCACUGUAGUAGAGAGUUUAGACUUCUGUUGUAGCUUCAGCCUUCGGAAGUGGUGCUGGAAAGAAAGCCCAAAAUAGAGAGUCUUUUUGAAACUGGCUCUCAGUGAUAAAUUUUAAGUUUGUUGUAUAUUGUUUCUCAUUCCAUUAAGCAAGUUAUCAUUUCCUGGUUGUCAGUUUUAAUUUCUGCCAGAAACAUUUCCUUUGUUGCAGCAUUUAUUGUUUUUAAAUUGUUUAAAGUAGUGCAAAAUAAACAUCUUUAAAAACCAA